CUCUGGCCAGGAAGUGCAGCGAGUGAGUGUAAUCACCGACCUGCCGGCUCUGCUCAGGGACAACAACGCAGAAUGCAUGAAGCGGGUGGUUCCCAAAGUCAGGGAGGUGCUCCAUGUCGCCAACAUGGAGAUGCAGCUGGCCGCGGCCUCGGCGUUCCUCCAGAUCCUGGAUAAGAAGCUGGUGUCUGUGGAGGACUACCGGAGGACCUUCCUGCAGACCAUCCUCACCUCUGUGGACAACAAGAACGAGGAGAUUGCUGGUGCGUGGCUGGAUACAUUACUCUCCUGCAUUGACAAGCUCCCAAAGGAUGUCGUGAAGAAAGAUAUACUGCAUGGUCAGGACUAUAUUUUGUCCAUAGCCGUCAACAAAGGACAGCUUAGCCAGACACUCCAAGCCCGGAUAUCGUGUUGUAAAAUUCUGGGAAAAGUGUCAUCGGUGUUUGAAAAUUUUGUCGUGAAGAAUGAUGUGCUGCCCGUGGUGUCCUCGCUGUGCGGUGACGUGGAGUAUGAUGUCAGGGCCUGCAUGUGUGAGAGGCUCGACGUUGUCGCAAAAGGACUUGGUCUUGAUCUGACCAAGUCCAAGCUCCUGCCCCAGUUGAUAGAACUGUCAGAGGAUGAGUCUCAAAGUGUCAUAUGUGCCUGCUUACAAACUACCACCAACAUUAUACCCAUGUUAGACAGAGAAGCCAAUGUAAAUGCCAUUCUUCCCAUGGUGAGAGAGCUGUGUGAGAAAGCCAUCAACAAUGUAGACUCAACUUUGCCUGUAGUAUCAAAGCUGUUUGGAAAAUUAUCUCAUAGUUUGUUAGAGUAUAUGACUGUUGAUGAUAAAACAUAUUUCCAAGAGUUCUUCAAGAAGCUGACCAAAGUUGGUGUUUCUGAAAAGAAAAAUAAGGAGGAUACCGCAAAGCUUUUAGAAGCGCUGGAUGUCUUUGAAAGUGUUCCUGACAACAGCACCUGGACUCGACAGUAUGCGGCAUACAACUUUCCUGCUAUGGUGCUGUUUAUUGGAGCCAAACUGUUUAGAUUAGAACUGUACCCUUCUUUCACUCAACUGUGCAAAGACCCUCAUAUAAUGGUGAGGAAGACAAUGGCAGGAGGCUUUCACGAGGUGGCCCGGUUAGUAGGGGCCAACAUUAGCAUAGUGUUUCCUGAACUCACCUCUCUGCUCAGUGAUGCUGACCUGGAGGUUCUAAAGGCAAUAGUACCGAACUUCCGAACCAUCAUGGGUGUUCUGGCGAAUCAGGGUGUGGACCAGUUCACAGAACACAAGGCUCACGUGGUCCAAGAUGUGGUGAGCAGCUUCCUGCGUGCGGAGAGUAUUGUGUUCAACUCUCCGUGCUGGCGCACCCAGCAGGCUAUGCUGGAGUCCAUGCAGUGUCUGUGGCAGCUGUGCAACAACGACUAUGUCUACACCAAGGUGCUCCCCCUGGUGGCUGAGAAGCUCAAGACUGGGAGGGCAUUGCCGGUGAGGAUAGCAGCAGCUAAAACUAUCGUUAUACUCACUCGGCACUUACGGUACAAGGAACAGAGAGAGGACAUCUUGGCUAUGUUGAAAGAGGACUUCCAUGGAAAUGAAAGCUGCCAUCGGCGAAGCCUCUUUGUAGAAAUUGCUCGCUGUUACCUGGAGGUGAACUCUAAGCAAGCCUUCAAGGACGCCCUGUAUGAGCACGUGUUGAGCCUACGCACCGACCGCGUCGCCACCGUGCGCAUGAAGCUCAUCUCCCUCCUGCCAGAACUCAAGCGGUCGCUCAAAUUGCCGCGCGACCAGAGUUUGCGGACAUCGCUGGACACGGUUGUACGUCAGAUCAUCGUGUAUGAUAAAGAUCGUGAUGUGCAGUAUGCUGCCCAGCAGAUGUCUGAAGAGCUGACAUUGAUACAGGAAGGAAGUGACAGCACUAGAACCAACCGAAGGAACCUGACUGAAGAGGAAACAGAGGACCUCAAAAGAGAAGAUGAAGAAAAGGAGAUGAUUGCAAGGGAAGAAAAGGAGAAGAAAGAUGAAGAAGCAAAACAGUUGAAGGGGAAUGAAAAGAGGCAUUCUUUAGUUGGAAACAAGAAAGAGACUCAGUCGAAGAUUCCAGGUGCCAAGAAAGGUACAAUCAAGACCUCCCAGGCUGGCUCCAAAGGUGACGGCCCCCACCAGGUUCCAGGAAAACGUGUCCCAGCUUCUACUGUUGGUGGCAGUGUCUCCACUAAAGCUUCUAGCAACAGCCUGAACUCCCCGUGCGAGGACAACCACGUGAAGGAGCGUUCCGUGUGUCUGAUCAAGUCUAAGUCCACCACCAAUAUCCCCUCUGUGUCCCAUAUCCCCAGGCUGGAACCCCGCCCCAGUACUCCGCCCAAGAAAGAGCCAGCCAGAAGGAUCCCGGUUCUUGUAGCCAACAAGACAGCGUCGUCGCCAUCUUUGACCGGCAACCUGUCCAACAAGAAGUCCAUCUCCCCGACCCCAACCCGUAAAGGUUCCACCAACAUUCCAGCCAGCUCCGGUGCAGCAAACACACUGGCCAACAGCAGGGGUCGCUGGUCUCUCCACAGAAGAGGUUCUGCCAGCAAUGCAGUGUCCUCCACUCAAGCCAGACGAGGAUCCAUCGGCAGUGCCAACAGCACAAGCAGUGACACGUCGGUGAAGGUAAAGUCCUCCUCUACACCCACACGAUCCGGGAAUACUACUCAGGCUGCAGGGAGGUCCUUGAAAAAACCUGCCAAGUAGAAGCUACUACGAGCCGGAGCAAACACACUCCCAACAGCUGGCAUGAGUGUUUUUGCCUAAUAAGAUUCUGUCCUUGAAAAGCAAGAUGCAGCAGUGAUAUUGAGAGUAUGCAUGCAUGUAUUUAAAAAAUUAAACAAAUUGAUGCAAACCAACAUUUGUGGAAUGAGCUCUGUAAAGUUGGGAAGGACUUUUCUCUUCAUACUCAAGAGAAAAGUGGGAAGGGAAGAUUAGAGGAGUUGGAGGAAAGAGGCACUUUCUGCUUGCUUGGGGUUUAAAAGUUGUAUUUUGAUCAUUUUACAUGUUAUUUUAUUGUGAAAAUAAAUUUAGAGCUCAAAAGAAGUAUUUGUGCAAAGAUGCCCUUUUAUUUACUAUUUGAAGACAUGAAGGGAUUAAUGCAGGAUUUCUUUUGUAUUUGGUUUUUUAUCUCAGAACUUUUGCAAGUAUGUUAAAAUUUAAACUACCAGCUAACAUUUACUUUAAAGAGGCAUUUUUGACAAUAGUUAUAUGAGGAGCUGUUAGCUUUCCUAAAGUGUAUCCGCAGUGCUCCCUUUCUCAAAAUAAUCUUUCAACAACUUGUUCUAAAUAGUUUGAAUUGCCACAUUGUGACUUUUAACAUCAAGGGAGGUGGAAAUAUUAGAGUAGAUGGUGCCAUUUGGUAUCAAUCUGCACAAGAUGGAAGUUGUUUAUGGGAUAGCGCAGCUAUGAAAGAUAAUCAAGUGUAAGAUUUUGUCCCCAACGCAUCGGAGGAUAUAAAAUUUUAUCUCUAAUUAUGAAGAAGAAGCCAGUUGUCUUUAUUGUGGUGCCUGAGGUGAAAUGUAAAGAUAAAAUAGGGUUAAACAUAUUAUUGUAAGCUAGAAACUUUACGGAGCCAAUCAGCGUGUUUACAGUUUUUAGGAAGGAGAGGAGUGGGGUUCAUAAGUCAUUCAUAUUUGUUACUACAUCCUUUGUUCACAGGGGGGAGAGUGUUACAUACAAUGUUUCCCCGUGUCUUUUGCUCAAAGUUAGCCCAAUGCAUUCUCAGUGCUGUGGAGAAGCAUGUAUGAGGCUUUUCCAAUAUUUUGCAUGUACUGAAUAAAAGUGAAUAUUUGGAAUGUGUUUGUGUACAAGAUUGUAGAUAAAACAGUGAUAUAAUUGUAGUAUAGAAAAAAACAACCGAACCCAAACAUUUUGACAGCACCCCAGCUUUCACUUAGAUGAAGAAAUUCUGCAAACAAACAAAAUCUGCGCUUCCUGAGGAGUGGAGCCUGCAAUCCUUAUGGCAAAAAUAAGUGUGCACAUAAUGCAAAAGAUCAUGUGGUGGUGAGAAUGGAGCUUCUUGUCACCCCAUUUAUGAGACGGUAACAUUUAGCGAUAGCGCACCCUGGAAAAGUGUUCCAAAACUUGCCAUGGUAGGAUGGUCAGAGAUACCACGGCUGUUGUUUGUGUUUUUGCUUGACUGUGAUGUAUCUUGCUGAAUGUUAAAUGAUUUAUUAUAAUUAUCAUCUCCCAACUGUAAAUGCAAUACUGGUUUUUUGUUUUGUUUUUUUGAGUUGUUGUCCUUGAAAUGAUUUAAAGUAAUAUCGCUGCUUCAUGUGUUACUAAAAUAGACAUUACCUCAUAUUUGAUCAUGACUCUUAAAGUAUAGCAAUCUCACAAAUGCGAAAUUUAUGAGACGAAUGUAGAUGUUUUUCAGAUUACAUGUGGCAGAGACUAUUUAGGUAAGGUCUUGACAAGUAUGUGGCGAUUCUCAGUUUAGGAAAGGGAAGCAGCAAAUGUCCUUAAAAAGAAAAAGAAAACCCCCCAGCAAAGUCUAGAUUUUCAUUGAUAGAGUCUUUUGACAAGGACAAUUCACUGGUAAUUUGGAAAAUGUGAAAUCUAUAUGAAUAGUCUGCUGUUCUUUUGGAAAGCCAAUGCAAUAACAGCAGUCUCUAUUGUUAUUUUUU